UAAAAGAAAAUAAAUGUCGACGGUUGAUGGUGAGGAUGCGAUUUUUCUUGGAGCUGUUCUUUUCGGUCAGCGAUGCGUUGCCAUAGUAACAGAUGAGGAGAAUCAGCUGGACCGAAGAGAAAAACACCCGUUAAAGUGGACGUUUGAGUGUCGCCAAGUGUCUGGAAAUCUCAGAAACAACAGAGAGUAGAGAGGAGGAGAGGAGACGCUUUCAGAGUGACUUUAAGAGCGAGUGGAGUCCAGAAAACAUCAGUAAAGGCUCGUAAACUUUCUGAUGAGUUUUAACAGGAUGUCGGAGGAUCAAGAAGUCCGACACAAGAGGAACCGUGCGCUGUUUGAGCUGCAGAUGAAACGACGAGAGCUGGACGAGGCCAAAAAGGAGAAGAAAGAGCUCCAAGAGGAACUGGAGAGUUUAACACAGCGCGAGGUGGAGCUGCUGCAGAAAAUCGAGGACAUGAGGAACUUACGCUUGACUAAAGAGAUGUCUUUCAAGAGUGAACUUGAUCAACUUUGGGAGAAAGCAGACAAAGCGAAGAGAGAGGUGCUUGAGAAACAGGCUCAGGUUGAGAAGCUGAAGGAGAAAGCUGCUCAGAGGAAACAGGAAAUGGACAAGUACUCAGUGUACAAAGACUUCCUGGAUGAGGCAGUCAAAUAUACCCAGUUUGAAGACACCGAUGCGAUGGUGAAUCACUUUGAGAAGCUCCUCUCCAUCAGAGAGAAGCUCCGUGCGAAGGAGACGAAGCGGCAGGAGAAGCAGAGCCAGCAGAGGAAGACUCUGCAGGAACUGGAGGAGCGGCGCCAACUCCUGUUGACGCAGCACGACGUCGAGAUGUCCAAGCUGCAGGCCGAGCUGGACAGAACUCGCGCCGAAGCUGACGCCUGGGAGACAAAGUUGAACCACAGCCGGCAAACGGCGACGAAGCAGGCGCUGGAGCUGUCACGGGUCAGGAUGGCGACGCUGAACAUGUACGAGAAAACGGGCGGGAAGGUCGGAGGAGCGGACGGCGUGGACAUGCACGACACCGUGCAACAGCUGGAUAAGAUCAAAGUGUUCAUCCUGAAAAACACCGAAAUCCUGAAAGAAUACCAGAAGUCCUUAAGACAGGAUGAUGAGAAGAAACAAGAGAGGACCAGAACACCUGUCAAAGGCAAAGAAAAUAAAGCCUAAAGUCUUUCAUUUGGAUCACAACUUCA